UCACAGCGCUCCAGACAGCACCCACUGACUUCAACUCUAAUUCGGAAAACGCUGCUAUUUUAACCUAGCAUACUCAUAGUUCAGCAGGUGAUUAUCAACAACUUGCAAAUUAACUUUAGGCAUAUACUCGGUAAGUUAGUGUACUUUUAAAAGUGUAUUUUUGACAUAAGGAAAUACGUUGUGCCGCAGCAGAAUAAAGGAGGCUAUCCUUUUCAGUAUCAGGCAGCAACUUUACCAAACUAUCUGACUUUCUUGUGUUCAACUUUUGAGGAGUCUCUCCAUCGUUUGACUUUAUUCACCACGCAACAACGGUUUCCACAUAGGAUGUACCCCGGAAGGAAGGUAUUUCGGUGAAUUAGUUUGAGAACGUUUGAACGGGAAUAUUACGUCAAUAAAGGUGAUUCUACCCUGCGUUAACCGGGGCCACUAGUCUACCUGUCACCGAAUUCUUUCAACCAACCACUCCCACCCGGUCCCCUCGUGCUGUCUUUCCGUGGGUCGCCUGCCUCGCCCGCUAACCGUGAUGGCGUGCGGUUGGAGUCCGGGAGCUGUCACGGUUUGGAGAACUACCGUUUUCCUGCUCAACAUCGCGUGCACAGCGUCGGCCAAGAGACACGUCGUCUACUGGAACUCCACCAACACUAGUUUGACGGGAGGGGAUCUGUCCAUCCAGGUGAAUCUAAAUGACUACCUGGAUAUCUACUGCCCCCACUACCCUCACCCGUCUCCCCCCAGUGAGGAGGCCUACCCCCAGGCCCCACCAGACAGCCUGGCCCUGUACCUGGUGGCUGAGGGGGGGUUCAGGGGCUGUGUGGAGACCCAAGGGGCCAUCAAGAGGUGGGAGUGUAACAGCCCCCAUGCCCCCUUCGGCCCUGUCCGCUUCUCAGAGAAGAUCCAGCGCUUCACCCCCUUCUCUCUGGGCUUCGAGUUCCUCCCCGGACACCACUACUACUACAGCUCAUUGCCUACAGGGGAAAGCUCCCCGCUGCCCUGCAUGAAACUGCGAGUCACAGUGUGCUGUGAGCCCACAACCGUAGGGUCCAAGCAGGAGCAAGGUACUCCAGCUCUUCACAGUGAUGUGUGUUCAAUGAGGACAGUUCCUCUUUCUCUCCUCCUCCUCAUCCCACUCUUGAACUUCCUCUCUAUCUAACAUCCCUCUAUUCAAGCUGACCUCCUGAGUAUCUACCAUGCCCACUGUAGAUGGCCUGCCUCACCCACUCAGUCCCUACUUUAAACUAUCCACACCUCAUAGGGAGGCCAAGUCUUCAUUUCAGACCCUAAAAUGACUGCAAUAGGGUAGACUUCAACACUACACACACUCCAACUACACACACUCCAACACAUCACCUGUUUUUUCUGGGGUGACACAAAUCUUUCUCUUCUUGGUCUCCUCUUUUCUCUCUGUCCACUCUCUCCUCUCGUUCCCCCUCUUCCAUCCCUCGCUCUUGACUAAGCUCCCUCUGAAACAGACUGACACUAAUCUUUCUCUUCUUGGCCUCCCCUUUUCUCUCUGUCCACUCUCUCCUCUCGUUCCCCCUCUUCCAUCCCUCGCUCCUGACUAAGCUCCCUCUGAAACAGACUGACACUAAUCUACCAUCAAAGCUCUCAUUCUUCAUUUCCCACCUUUAUCCACUCCAUCCUGUAGACUCCAUCUGUGUCGUCUCUCUCUUCCCUCUCUCUCUCUCUGUCUCUGUGAGUGUGAACAUAAUGUGCCAGCUGAGCCAAAGUGGACCAUCCAGACGUUGUUCUGUUGAAUUACUACGGAGAGGAUCAGACUUGGAGUUGACUGGCUGUCAGAGUUGACUGCCUCUGAACACAACCAUGUUUUUGAGUUGACCUCAUUGGAUUUGAAAGUCAUUGUUUUCUAGAUGAAAAACAAACAAAACAAUUGUAUCCAUUGUGGGACCAACUGUUAAACACAGUAACACCAAACGUUGAUACAACUUAAUUUAAAAAGUUAACCAGUGACGACACUGCCUAAACCAGGAUAUGCUGUGUGAGUGGAACCCUGGGAAUGAUGAACUAGAAUAUUGUGACUGUUCUGCUACGCCCUCUACUGGGAUCAUACUGGUUAGACUGGUCCAACUGUUCUGUAACACCUGACACUCUGGGAUUGGAGAAUAGACCCUGCUACUCUGUGGUCUUCAUCUGACCAUAUCUGGAAUUAACUGGACUGUGUCUGGUGGUUUACCUCUGUCUUAAAAGGCAAUCAAAAGGAAUUGUGGGAAACACACUGAGGGUACUUCCUCACUUCACCUCACACGCUCCGAACCACAUCGGCUGAUUGACAGAUGCUCCUCACCAACCAGGUGUGCAGGUACAGUAUUUAGACUGUCUGCUGAGCACUUAACCAGGCGAGGACCUCUACCAAUGAGAAGAGGCCUAAAGCUGGUGUUUGUUUGAAUAGAGGUUUUUGAUUUAGUGUAGUAAAGAUUCUGCUUUAGGUGUUUCAGUUAAAUGUUGAUGUUUUGUAGAGGUCCUGUAAUGUUGGCAUCCAUUUUGAUUAUUUGAAACAUCCUGAAAAAAAUCAAAAAUUUUACAUGGCUGAACUUUUUUUAUACAAAUGUUUACAGGUCUAGAUUUAGAUUGCUUUUGUUUAUAGUGCUAUCAAGAAUAACUAAAGCACUUUAGUACAGGUUACCCUGUAUUUUUCUUUCAGUUAUAAAACAUAUUUUUUUAUCAUCUUUUCCUUAAACAAAUAGCAUUAAAAAAUGCCAUUAUAUUAUCAAAGCAAUUUAAAUGAAUUAAUUUUAUUUUGAUUGUUUCAUAUAUUUUAUCUGUUGGUUAGAUAUGACAUUUUUGAAUUUAUUACUUCAAUGCAAUUUCAUGUUCCAAUCACAAAAGUAAUAUAUCACUAAAGUUAAUUUACAAAUAUGUUACAAAUAUCACCAUCCUAGCAAACAUGCAUGUUUUCUUUUCAAAAGUGAAACUGAAAUUAUUCUUAUUAAUUUAAUCCCACAAAAAAUAGUGUAUAUUUAAUUUAUUUCAUAAUUCUGAUUAGUUUCUUACCUUAAUCCAACAUCAUUAAUCAUUCUUAAAUACAGGCUUUUCUGGGCUGUAGUUUUUCCCACAUUCUAAUGUUGUCUUUGGUCACAGCAUUUAGAAAACAAUGUUUUCCUUGAGAAUAAAUAUGUUGACUAUUAGUUAUUCCUGUAAGCACUUACUCAGAGAGAUGAGUUUGUGGUAUUACUUUACACACACUUUUGGAUAACAAUUAAAUAUUUUGUUCUAGUCUACGCAGGUUAUUCAGGAAUGUAAUGACUAUUCCAGGGGUUUAAACACUGAUGUCUGGAACCUUGUUGUAUAAAGCUGGUGCUCCCAGAUUGAGUUUUUUUUGUUUUCACAUUUUAGUGAAGUAUGAAGCAUCUUCUAUGAAGAGCGAACUGCAAACAGCCCUUUUAUACAAGGUGAGAUGACAAAAUAAAAGGUUUUUCGCGGUU